GCUCAGGAUGACGUAGUAAGCAAAGGCAUGGUAAGGGUAAGGGUAAGGGAGGCGGCUCAGCUCCUGCCACUGCGCACGCUCAUAAUCAACUGCUGGCAGACCUGCGGCUUCAGCUCCUGCUACUGCGCAUGGCUGAGCUGAGCUGAGCAUGUUCAGUAGGAAUUGGGAGGGCCUCUUCUCUUCUUCCACCUCAGUGAGAGUCGCCUUUUGCUGAGUAGCCCCUGAGGUAGGCCGGAGGGCGAGGGGAAGAAUAAAGACCACACACACAAAAAAAUGUCAAGGAGAAAGGGGAAGACGCUUUUUUGGCAGCGUGGGGUCCUGCCCGUUUAACAGCUGCCUUACAGGCAGAAGUUCAACAGGUGAAACUUGGAUGCAAACGAUAAAAACAGACCUGUUGGGCUUCAGCCCGUCACAGAGCUGCUAAAACACUUGCUUGCUAGGCAGUUGUAUCUUUUGAUUUGUGUUUCCCCACCCCUCAAAAUACUUGCAGUCUGCCAUAUUUGGGUCGGUGGGGUGGGGUGGGUUUUCCAAGCUGGAAGGUGCAAUGAUACAGCUGCGCAAAGUCUCACCUGUUGAAUGCCUGGCUGCCAUGUGACGGUUUAAAGGGUAGAAGCGUAGCCUCGGGUGGCCCCAGUGAGGGUAACUUUAAUUCUGAAUGCUGCAGAAUGUGUUUUUAUCAUCUCUUUUUUGUUGUUCUUUCAACUCAGCGUCUGGGAAGAGUAGGAUCGCUGUUCCCCGGGAAACGUCUGUUUGCUUGUGGGGAUGUUUGCUGGAGACCUUAUGGCCUGGUUUGCAUGACAUGGUAAGCCAAACGGGGCUUCUGAGGACUAUGCAAAUGUGUGGGUUCCCAGAGAGGAGCGCUUAGCUGCUUGGCUUCUCCCUGGCAUUAUUCCCCCCACCCCACCCCGAUGCUGAGCUUGUCAUCUGAACCAAGACCUGUGAGUCUAGGUUUGGUUGAAGUGCCAAACACUGUCUUAGCUUGGUGCAGCACAAGAGUCAAAAGACGAGGGAAGGAGGGAGCAGAGUGCCUGGGAACGCCUCUCCAGGAGGCAGCACAUUAGCUUGGUCCCAGUAAGCUAUAGCCUGGCUAAUGGUGUUGUGUGAACCAGGCCGCUCCCAACUCUUGAUUUUUAUAACUUCCGCCUGUGUUUUAAUGGCAGGAGGGCCCCUUGGCAAUGCAGGUGCCCACUGCCGGGGUCGCGGGCCUCCGAGAGCGGGUGCGAGAGGCCCUCAAGGCAGACCUCUUGGCUGCAGACCUGAGGUGCAGCUUCUUCGUCUCUGCCCUGCAGAGCUACAAGCGGGAUUCUGUCCUUCGGCCCUUCCCAGGACUCUAUACCACGGACGAGACCAAGGAUUUUGAGGCUUUGGUGAGUAGGUGGUGGGCUCUACUUCACUGGAAGUUUUUAAACAGAGAUUGAAUGGCCAUCUACCAGGGAUGAUGAUGAUGAUUGCUGCAAUUCCUGCAUUGCCAGGGGUUGGACUACAUGACCCUUUAUAUGCCUACAAUUCUAUUAUUCUAUCAGUAAUUAUUAUUAUUCACACAGCGCAUAGUUCAACUAGGGAACUCAUGAGAGGGUCUUGUCCCUGACUUUGCCUCUGAAAUGCUGCUCAAGGUCAGGAACAAGCUGUUCUCAUCCCCAACUUACAGAGGUGGGAGCAGGAAUUUCAAAAACAAGCUUCUUCCCUACCCGAGCUUGGAAUUGAUGUAGGGGAUGGGAGGUUGUUUUGCCUGGUUUUCUGCUUGUAAGGGGCUUUGAGAUUCCUGCAUCUAGUUGGACUGGAUGACCCAGGGGGUCCCUGCCAACUCUACAAUUCUAUGAUUCUAUUGAGCACCUGGUAAAUUCCCACCCAAAGUAAUCCCAACAUCCCUCAUGGGUAAGGGCAGUGGUUCUCAAAGGGUGUAGCAAGCCACACUGGAGUGGCAGGAGAGAAUGGCAAGUGUUGUGGGACAAUCAAAUAAACAUUUAAACAUUUCAUUGUAGUACAGUGGUACCUCGGGUUACAAAUGCUUCAGGUUACAGACUCCGCUAACCCAGAAAUAGUUCCUCAGGUUAAGAACUUUGCUUCAGGAUGAGAACAGAAAUCGUGCUCUGGCGGCACGGCGGCAGCGGGAGGCCCCAUUAGCUAAAGUGGUACCUCAGUUUUAAGAACACUUUCAGGUUAAGAACGGACCUCCAGAACGAAUUAAGUUCUUAACCCGAGGUACCACUGUAUAGUAUAGUAUAGUAUAGUAUAGUAUAGUAUAGUAUAAAUUUUAUUAUUAUUAUUACAGUGGUUCCUCUGGUUACGAACUUAAUUCGUUCCGGAGGUCUGUUCUUAACCUGAAACCAUUCUUAACCUGAGGCGUGCUUUCGCUAAUGGGGCCUCCCGCUGCCGCGCGAUUUCCAUUCUCAUCCUGGUGCAAAGUUCAUAACCCAAGGUACUAGUUCCGGGUUAGCAGAGUUUGUAACCCGAAGUGUUUGUAACCCGAGUUACCACUGUAUUGGAUAUACAACCAGAAACAGUACCCCUUUCUGCAAAUAUCUUCCCAUUCUAAGCAGACAAGGGUACCCAGGAGUCAUUAGAGGAGUGAUGUUUCGUAAUGAAAGAUAGUUGAGCUCUGUUGUGUUCUAAAAGAAUUCCACCCUUGCCAUUUGUGGGGUUGUUCACAGUGCCACCAUGCUUGUGGAAAUAAAUGCCACCAGUUAUGAGGAUCUGUUAGAUGAAAUGGUUCAAGUUUGAUGGAUUGAGGAGAGAACAGGAAGCCGUGUGUGCGUGUCUCUGUCCAUGUGGAGUUUGUGUUCCAAGGGGGCGAAUAAGAAGGCCUAUAGGGUUUGUCCACAGGGCUUUGGUUGCCAGCUAAUGCCCUGAAGACGUGUGUUGGAGAAGUUGCCUUUCUUUCACCGCUAGGGGGGGUCUCUGACUGUGUGAGAUGCUCAAGGAAAGCCAGCAACCCAUGUUUCUCUCUCUCUCAGCUUGCAGAUACAAAUGCCUUGGUGGGCUUGAAAGAGCUGCUUGAGUUGGCCCAAGACACAGGCACAAGAGGCUGGGAGUUGCUGGGCUGGGUUUUGUCUUCCAAGGCCCUGUGCAUCCACAGCACAAGCAAAAAGGAGGUGAGAGGCGAUGCUGGCGACAACCCAGUUAUCGAACGUGUGCAAAUGGAUCCAAGUAAUAUUGGAGGUGUCAGGUGUGUCAGCAACCUGCAUCUGGGCACAAGGCUGCAGGGGAGAGUAAGCAUGUUAAAGCAGAAUCUAGACAAAUGGGAUGACAUAUUUUGUUUUAUGGUAUUUUUUAGAAAAUAAUAAUUUAAAAUUAUUUUUUGGACAAAAGAGAGGACCUGUGAGGUGGUUAACAGAUGACAAAAAUGCAAUGCAGGAGCGAGUCAAACCUAUCUAUAUAUAGAUAUCUAUCUAUCUAUAUAUAUAUGUACACAUAUAUAUGUGCACAUAUAUAUGUACAUAUAUAUAUGUGCAUAUAUAUGCAUACACGCACACAUAAUGUUUUUCUUAAAUGUUUCAAACCUUUUCACAUUAACCUUCAAAUCAACUAAUUCCAUUGCUUAGUAAGUCAACUCCUUGCCCCCUCACCUCAACAGUGUCUUUGCUCAAACCUUUUCAACUACAAUAUAUCCUCAUCGAUUACAAAAAGUUAACUGAGCAUCAGUGAGCCAAAAGCCCAGCAGAGGAGACACUGAAAUCUCAGAGGUUACUGAAUGCCUUUUAAAAAUGCACAGCCUCCUGCUGGCUUCAGCAUGGGCCAGGGAAGAGCUGGGGCAGCCCACUGCUUGCAGUAUUACUGGGGUGUCUUGUUAAGCGGAGUCCCAAGACUUGGGGGAAGAGUCUUAACUCAGUGGUGGCAUGCCUGCUUUGCAGGUUCAAUCCCUAUCUUCUCCAGGAAAGACCCGUGCCUGGAAUCCUGGGCAGCUGCUGCUAGUCUAUGCAGACAGUGCUGACCUAGAUGGGCCAGGGGAAGACAGCUUCCUAUGUUUCUUAAAGAUACUAUUUUGCUUCCCAUGGGGAUGAUUUCUGCCUUUAAAUCAGCUUUUGCCAACCUGGGGUCUGCCAGGUGUUUCAGACCACAACUUGCAUUAGCCCGGGGGCUGGUGAGAGUUGUAGUCCAAAAUAUCUAGAGGGCGCUGGAUUCUCAAAGCAACCCAGUAACUUCAAUAUAUUUUAUUGGCACUGAAGUAUAAGAAGAUCCAGGAACUGACAGGAGUGCCCUGCGUCCCUGUCCCUGCACCAGACUUCCUGUUUGAAAUCACUUAUUCCAGUCAAAUGAACGCCAAAUUUGAAGAGACCAAGGCGGGACGAGACCUCAUCUAUGCAUUCCAUGGGAGCCGGCUGGAGAACUUCCACUCCAUCGUGCACAAUGGGUUACAGUGCCAUUUAAACCGGGUAAGGUUUGAGUCUGGAUUGUAUUUCAGAAUUGAAUAUAUUUCACAUCUAGCAACCAGUGCUGGUUUCAGAUAGCACAUGGGUAGGCGAGGACUUCCGAGGCCCGUUUGAAAACCUCAGCAUUCACUUCCAGGUUGUCGGCAUUCGGGUUCUGUAUUGUUCGGCUUCUGAAGCAUUCAACAACCAAGGUUCCACUGUAAUGUAUUUAGUGUUAGCUCUGGAAGUGUAUACUUGAUUCUGGCCAUACUAAGCCUCCUGAUGUAUAUUUUGCUCUAGGCUGCUUAGCUUGGUCCGAAAGCCGCCGCCAGUCAGUUCAGACUGAACUAGGUCUAAAUCAGCUUCCUAAAACGCUUCUAGGAAUGAGACAGAUUUGCUGUGAUUGGAUAUGUUUGAAAUGGCUGGCUGCCAGCUUGCAGCCCAGUUCAUGUGCAACCCCGUCCUGCUUUUUCUAGACCUCCUUAUUUGGGGAAGGCACCUACCUCACCAGUGACCUGAGCCUCGCUCUCCUCUAUAGCCCCCAUGGCCUCGGCUGGCAGCAGAGCCUGAUGGGACCGAUCCUCAGCUGUGUUGCCGUGUGUGAGAUCAUCGAUCACCCAGAUGUAAAAUGCCAGGUGAAAAAGAAAGGUGAGUCUAGAAAAGACUUGACUCGACGCAGCUGCUUAGGCCCACAGCUCCCAUCAUCCCCCAGCCAGCAGAGCCGUGCUCUCAUCAACCCCAUCCUCGGUUCAGCUGUAUUGGCAGGUGCUGAUGGGAGUUGUAGGCUACAACAUCUGGUACUGGAUGGAUAGCUCAAUUGGUUAAGAGUGUGGGGCUGAUAACACCAAGACUGCAGGUUCGAUCCCCAUAUGGGACAGACAGCUGCAUAUUCCUGCAAUGCAGGGGGUUGGACUAGACCAGCCUUUCUCAACCUGUGGGUCCCCAGUUGUUGUUGAACUACAAGUCCCAUCACCCCUAGCUAGCAAGGCCAGAGCUCAGGGAUGAUGGGAGUUGUAGUUCAACAACAUCUGGGGACCCACAGGUUUAGAACUGCUGAGCUAGACAAUCCUCAGGGUCCCUUCCAACUCUACAGUCUGGAGGGCACCCAGUUGGGGAAGACAGGGCUGAAGCAGCCUCACGUGUGAUCAGAUCAUUGGUCCAUCUAGCUUGGCUGGGCAACAUUUUGUCUCUCGAGAGCCUUGCAGGAACACCUGCUGGAGGUGGGAGGAGCCAGAGUCAAAAGCCAGCAGUGGGAGGGGCCAGAGUCAAAAGGAAGCAGGCCACCGCCCCCUUUUUCUCUAGCUUUUUCUGACAUGCCCUUCUCUCCUUCCCUGUCCAGUAGGCAAGAGGAUCAGAUAAGCUCUGAACUGCUGGCUUUUGAAAUUGCACGGAAGGCCAUGUGACGUUAGAGUGAGGUCCACCCUGAUCUAGCCCUUUAUAGCCUCCUGUGAGGUAGUGACUCUCCAAGAGAGAGAAAAUGGUCACUCCAAAAUCUGUUUCUUGAGCCCUUUGCAUGCAAAUGGUCUAGGUUCAAUUCCUGACAGCAUCUCCAGGUAGGGCUGUGAGAGAUGCCCUGCUUCAAACCCCUGGAGAGCUGCUGCCAGUCAGAGUAGACAGUAGUGAGCUAGAUGGGCCAGUGGUUCAACUCGGUAUCAGGGAUCUUCCUGUGUUCCUUUGAGAUGCCUGCACUUUACUCAGAAAACAGACACAGCAAUUCAUGGGGCACGUGGCAAGACCUGUGCUGGUGUCAGGAACUGAUCCUUUUACCCCGAGACCUCCAGUGCGCUUGUGUCUUUCACCUCCUUGUCUAAGAGGCCCUCUUCUGCUCAUUUUGACCAGAUUCUAAAGAAAUAGACAAGAAAAGAGCCAGAGUGAGGAACAGCGAAGGGGGUGAUGUUCCCCAGAAAUACUUUGUCGUCACGAACAAUCAGCUGAUACGGGUGAAGUACUUGCUCGUCUAUUCGCAGAAGCAGCACCGGAGGUAAGUGCCCUUCUGCCACCCUCCUCGCCCCCAAAUACCCUGAAAGCAAGUGCUUUGUAAGUUCAUCUGAAACCUUGUGCUUCAAAAAUGCAGGAAAACCUCUAACAUGACGGACAGGACUGUAAGGGAUGAGUGUGCAAAACAAGUUGUUUUGCAGUGUUGGCAUCGCUCAGAAGACUUCUGCACAAACGCAAAAAAAAAAAAACACAGUUCGCUGCUGUGGUUGCAGAAGUUCAAUUUAUCUUUUUGUUAACUUUUGCAAAAAUGCAUAUGCAGAAUCCUGAACACACACACAUUGUACACAUAGUAGUCUUUUGACACAUAUAUAUUUUGCCAGUGGUCUUCAGCACGGGCAACCAAAAUGAGAAAAGUAUUCAAAAGACAAUAAAACAGCUUUCAAAAUCAGCCAUAUGAAAAUACAUUAAAAAUGCACACAUUGAAAACACACAGUAUGUGCCCAAUGGACCAGUGUGUCUGGCUGUUAACCAGAAGGUUGGCGGUUCAAGCCCAUCCAGGGACAGCUGUGAGCAGAAUUCCUGCAUUGCAGGGGGUUGGACUGGAUGAUCCUCAGGGUCGCUUCCAACUCUACAAUUCUAUGUUUUAAAAGAGCCAUUGCGGCCAUAUCUAAACCAGCAGCAAAGCUUUGGCCUGGGCAUAUAAUCACAUUGCGGGGGGUAGGGGCUUUGAAAAGUUGCGCCUCCUUGUGGCUGGAUGUAGUUAUCGCUGUCUCUUUUUUCUCUCUAGGCCUGCUAGCCAGUCGUGGGUCUCUAAGCAUCGCUUCGCUAUCAUGAUGAGCCUGUAUCUGCUGCUGCUGGUUGCCAUCGGGGCUAGCAACUCCCCAGCUUUCCUCUACUAUUGGAACAGGAUUUUUGACUUAAAACAAUGAACUUGUGGGGAUGGGACAGGGCUGCCGACCCUCACCAUAUGCCUUAAUAUUGAGCAAUCUAAAGCCUUCAUGAAACUUUCCACUCUGAAGCUGGGGGGGCCCUCUGGGGGCUGGGGUAGGAUGUUUCAGCUGCCUUAACUUUCCUGGCACAGCUAUUUCAUAUCUCUCUGGUUUUGCCUUGCUUCUCUGAACACGAGUCAGGUAGGUGGACCCUCCUUAGCUUAAAGAUGGAGCAGGACGAUGCAGGUGACAGGAAGUGCAGAAAUCCUGCAGAACAGGGACUGGCAAGACUUAAGGGUGGGGGUGGGGUCCCAUGUCUGCAAUCACUAGCAAGAGCUUCAGUGCCCAGUGCAAGUAAGUGUGAUGUUCUUCAUCUCAAAUCUCCCCCUUGCACUCUUUUCUGAUUUGGGCAUUGGAAAUAAAUUUCCUGAAUUCUCUGUCUCCUCCCCCCCCCCCAUAAUACCAUAUGAAUGACAGAAGAGCUGGGUCAGAGUCAGACCAGAUGCCCUUUUGCCCAGCAGCCCUUCUUACAGUGGCCACCUGUAUGCCGCAAUGAAAAGUUUAGAAGCAGGACCAUGUGCACUUUCCUGCCUGACUUGUGAUUGCCAGAAAUUGAUGCUCAGAGGCAAUCCCUAGCUAGACGGACUCAUAGUCUGACACACCUAAGGCACCUUCCUGUGUCCUGAUUUGGCCCAAGACAACAUAAGAGCCUUGUCAGAGGAGGCCCAACUAGCCCAGCUGCCUGUUCUUGCAGUGUUCACCCAGAUACCCCUGAGAAGCAUGCAAGUAGGAAUGAGCGCAACUCUGGGUGUGAGAAAGAAGACAAGAGACCCUGUGUCCCUUGAAACAUGAUUUCCACUCCAGCAUUCGCCUGCCAAAUGCCCAAGUCAGAAACACGUUCCCAGUCUGAGAGCAAAGGCAUGCCGUCUGCAUCCUGUUGCUUCUCCUCAGCUGCUGGGCUGCCCCUUCCUUUGUGCUUCUCCCUGUUCCUCUUUCUCUUGCUUCUCUCUGUGACCAGCCUGCCGCCGCCCUCCUUUCAGCUGGUUGGGGCUUAUCUUGCGGGAACACCUUCCUCAAAGGGGGAGAACCAUCUCUCUCCAGACAGUCCCCUUUUCCCCAAAGCAAGGCAACAGUGUGGAGCAGCGUCUGCCCUCACACAGGUGGCUCUCGGAGCAACAAUCUGAUCACUUGGCUCAGGGGGACGGGACCCUGGGGCCCUCCAGAUGUUAUGGGGUUCCAGCUCCUAUCACCCCUGACCAUUCGCCCUGCUGGGGAGCUGCUGAGAGUCUUAAGAGCCCAUGCAGGAACUCAGGGUUUCCACCUGUGAUCUGACUGUAGGAAAAACCACACGCCGGCUGAGCACUGGAAGAGAUAUUGCAAAUGGCAAGAUCAUCUCCACUGCAGCUCAGGAUGGUAACACCCGUAAGAGGCAGAGGGUGGCUCAAGUUGCGAAGAUGGAAAAAUAAGUAAAUGGACUUCUUUCGGUUUGGACUUUGCAAAACAGACCUUCUGGGUGAAUUUUGCAUUUGCCUUCCUGGUUUUAUUCUGCGUAGCAGCCGCUUUACAAAUCACACACCGAGGGCAGUUGGUUUGAGUCCCCUCUUCUCCACAGGCCUUUGGGCAAAUCACUUGUCAACACCAGCCCUCCAUUGAUAAAAUGGGAAUUGUGGCGGCCUACCUCGCAAGCAAUUGCAAUAAAGACUCUCAUGCACUUUGAACAUUAGAACUGCAACAUAUGCGUGGUAAGUCAUGACGCUCCUAUUUUGAGGGUGGGGAGAGGGCUGCCCUGAGACACUAAGCUCCAAGGAACUGUUCAUCCAACUCCCAGGGAGUGGGCUGGGUAUAUGCUAGUGGUGGGUGGGGGCAGAGGGAAGAGUGGGCAGGCCAACACAUUUGCCUCUUAACCCUGGGACAGUUGGGUACAUUCCAGCCAUGCCAAAGGCAGAGGUUUCUGGAUGCACCCACUUGCCCAUCCUUCAUCCAGGCAGCAAUAAUAAUAAUAAUAAUAAUACAACAGAUUUUAUUAUAUGGUCACAGAGCCAAUAACGGUUAAUAGUAAUAAUAAAACUGCUACUAGAACAAAAAUCAUGCUACCCCAAUAAAGCAUAAUAUAAUUUCUGAAAAGGUAUCCAAUUGGCCUAAUACAGCUUUAAAAAUUGACAUUGC